AUGGAAAGCCCAGGUCCCCCCAUGGUCGCUGUCAAGGCUCCUCUUCGCGACUCGGGUACCCGACGCAUCAACUUCCUCGAUCUACCCUCGGAAGUCAAGAACCUCGUCUACCUCUACCUAUACCGUGACCGCACCAAGAGAGCCAUCAAUCUCUGCGUUCUCAGCCCUGCUUGGAAGAGCCCUUCACCUCCUACCGCUUUCAUGAAUACCUGCUCGACCAUCGCCUCGGAAUUGAUGCCUCUCUACUUCAGCAACUGCCUGUUCACCAUCGACACCAUGCACACAGAGAAUGCGCAACUCCUUGCCGAAGCAUUCAAGUGGCUGAAGAAGGUUGGUGACAAGAGCAGCGCGCACUUCCGCCGCCUCCACGUCAUCCACGACCAGACCCCAUUCUUCCAGUACGAGAUAAACAUCACCAUCACCGAGGAGAAGGAAGUCACCAUCGAGGAAAUCAAGGGUCCCGCCAAGUACCUUGACAUGUGGCUUGCCAUGGAAGGACUGCCAGGCGGAUCCCGAAUGUCACCAGAGCGCAAAGACAUCUACUCGCGCCUGCACAGAGAGCUGACUGACGAUCUCGUCAAUACCCUGACCCACCGCAUCAACACCAACGAGACAGGAGCCCUGGGUGUCACCGAGUUUGAACUCAUUUUGGAGCGCAUUAGUUUCCACUUGGGUGAAUUCUGCAGAAGAGAGGAUCGCAAGAGACGCAGACGCCAGAGAUAG